AACGUGGUCGCCUGGGCGAAGUGCAGCGCGCCGGAUCCGCAGGAGAAGAGUCUGCCUUUUUCCUUAAAGGCCUGCUUCAUCAGCCCAGCCCAGACAAGUUUCAGGAAUGUCAAAUGCAAAAGAGAAGAAAAGAGCCAAGAAGAUGAAAAACCAGCCUACCAAUGUGACCUUUACCUUCGAUGGUGGGCCAAGCAACAGUGAAAUACACUUUCAAAAUGGUGGUGAUGGAGCUUCUGAAUGCAAGAAACAAGAUCUGCGUUCUGAAACCUCACAACAGGGCUUUUCACAACAAAAGGCUUCCUGUGAAAUGCCCAAAUAUGUCACAGUGUCUCCUUUUGUUCAGGCUCGUGCUGCAGAAAUAAAAGCUAUGCUGAAAGCUGUUACGCAGAAGUCUUCCAACACCUUAGUGUUUCAGUCUCUACCGAGACACAUGAGGAGGCGAGCUAUGAGCCACAAUAUCAAACGCCUGCCCAGGCGACUUCGUGAGCUUGCCAGAAUAGAGACAGAGAAAUUUGAACACCAGAAGAAAGAACUGUCAAAGAGCAAGUGCCGCAAAGCCAGGCGGCGCCAUACGAACUUGGUGGUGGAGUUCAACCGCAGGCAAAAGAAGAACGUGUGGCUGGAAACGCACAUCUGGCAUGCAAAGCGGUUUCACAUGGUGAAGAAGUGGGGGUACUGCUUAGGAGACAGGCCCACAACCAAGAGCUAUAGGGCCUGCUACCGGGCCAUGACUAGCCACUGCCUCCUUCAGGAUUUAUCUUAUUAUUGUUGCUUGGAGUUGACUGGAAAAGAGGAAGAGCUGCUUACAGCACUUGCUCGAAUGUGUAGCAUAGAUGCAGGGCCCACAUUUGCAGCUAUUCCUUGUCUAUCUGGGAAGCGCCAGGGUGCUCUCACCAUGUACCAGGCAGACCGAUAUCCUGCAGGUGCACUUGGUCCAGUUACUUUCCUUUGGAAACCCAGAGAUGGGACUGAUAGCACUUCCGAAAACAGACAACUGUGGAUAUGGACCCACCCUGUCUUUAAGCAGGAGAUCUUGGCUGAGUUAAAAGCAGCCUUCCGGUGUUCUGAGCCCAUGGAAGUCUGUAACCCUGAACCAGCUGCAAUAUUGCCUCACGAAGAAAGCCAGUCGGUUGUUGCUGAGGAAGUUGGCCAGAAAAGGAAGAGGAAAGACAACGGAGGUGAAAUGGCUGUCCCAGUGAAAAAAAUUAUUGGCGAUGGAACCAGAGAUCUCCAUCAGUCCUAUUGCUGGACAUCACAAACUACUGGAGUUGUGAUAAGCGACCUAACAAUGGAGAUUCUCAGAUAUCGGUUAAUUGGUCCCCUCUCAAACUGCGUCCUUACAGAGGCACUCAAAGCUGCUUGCAUCCAUACUGAAGUGGAGCCUACAGAUUCUGAAAUCAACCGUUGGUGGAUAGAUAAUUGCAGAGAUCCUGAUCUGGUGUCUCUUCAUCGCCGUCAAGAAGCCAUCUUUGAAUUGUUGCAAGGGUUAACUUCAUCAGAUGUUCCAUCAGGUACUGUACUGGGUUUGACUGUGGGGGACCCUCGAGUGAAUUUGCCUAAAAAGAGAUCGAAAGCCAUGUCAAAUCCUGAAAGAUAUCAAGAGGAUGAAAAAGUCAAGCAGCUGAUCUUGGAAGGGGUGCCAGCAGAGUGUGCACAGAGCUUUCUUUGGGACCAGAACGUCCGCAAGAACGUCACAGAAAAUAAAAUGCCAGAACAGGAUUUGAAUCAUCUGAGAAGUAAACUCUUGGUGCCUGGAUCACAUCUUGACUUAGGCCCCCGAGAAUCCAGGAUUCCUGUACUCCUGAUUCAGCAGCCUGGGAAAAUGGCUGGAGAAGAUCGACUAGGAUGGGGAAGUGGCUGGGAUAUUUGCUUGCCCAAAGGUUGGGGCAUGGCUUUUUGGCUACCUUUUCUAUAUCGAGGUGCACAUGUUGGGGGAUUGCAGGAGGCUCUGAAACAUUCUCUGUAUAAGAGAACACCGCACAUCCCACACGAUUACCCGGACUCUCCUGCUGCCAUGCAGUUUGCCAAAACAUUGGAGAGAAAUCUUCUUGAAAAGUUUAAGAGGCGUCCUCCUGCGAAAAGAGCCAAUUAUGUUAAGCAUGGGACCUUGGCACCAUUCCUCUGUCCCUGGGAUAAGCUGACCAGAGAUUGGGAGGCGAGAAACAGAGCUUUUGUAAAACAUGUACCCACAUCAGAGCAGGAGUCUUGUGCAACUGAGGAACAGGCUUCUUGUGGCCCCAGCUCUGGAGCACCUGCGGCUGAAUCACCUGUGGCUGUCAGUUCAGAACAGGAAGUGGAGAUGAGCUCCUCAAACAUGCAGGUGGAAGAAGAGAGAAAAAUGACGGAUCUAUGCAAGAGAGAUGAAGCUGCAUCAGGUUCGACCUUCUGUGUUCUCAGGAGCAGAAAAUUAUUAAGGCAGGUAUCGUUCUGGUGCCGGCCAACACCUGGGAGAAAUCGGAGGCUACAGCGCCUUGUUGCCAGGGCAGAUCAGAAGGAUCUGCCUGAAGAUGCCCUCCUGCCUAUCUUUCAACGUUAUCCCAGGUCACUGGUUUGGGUCAGCUUGUCCCUUCUCAAAAAAGGUAGCCCAGAGUUACACGCAAUGAUUUGCAUUCCAACAAAAGGAGAUUUACUGCAGCUCAGCAACGACCAAGACUACUGUGGUCCUCGGGAACCUAAGCACAGCGACAGAUUUAAGAGCAAGAUGUUGAAACGAAAGGGAAGGAAAAAGAGGGAAGGCAUUGGGAAGGCCACAGAAAGCAGUGCCUUGAAUACAACGAAGGCCGCACCAACGGAACAUGAAGAUCUGGUUCUGGGCUUAUGGCCGAACCCUUUGCCAGAUCUUGCAUCGCACUGUUCCAGAGUGCUCUUGGGAUUUGUCACUCAAGGGGACUUCUCCUUGGCCUCUGGCUGUGGUGAGGCUUUAGGGUUUGUUAGUCUGACAGGGUUGCUGCAAAUGUUGGUGGGUCAGCCAGUGGACCAGAAAGGGCUUGUGGUGUUAAGAAACCCAGCCUCCCUACAAUACAGAUUUGCUAGGCUUGCAGUCGAAGUCUAACUUUGGUUGGAACUCGUUGGCAUUCAAAAGUACCAAAGACGCUUUUCUCUUGAACGUGUACAGGCAUCUUAAUUUUGAGCCAGAGCUUCCUAAAAUAUACCUUACCUUUGUGUAUAUGUGACAUGAAAUAGACUUUAAAACUGCAGUAUUCUAUAUUGUGUUCAAUAUCAAAUAUCUCUUCCAUUGCUUAUAGCCACACACACUGAACUUCUAUACUUAACAACAAAUGCUAAUUGCUUUUUUAUGUUUAAACCAGGUGUGGGGGACCUUUGGCUCUCUGAAUGUUGCUGCUGUAUAACUACCAUAAUUGGUCAUGCUUGAUGGGGCUGAUGGGAGUUGUAGUUCAUCAAU